AUGCUUUGGGGGAGCUUAAGUUUGUGCUUCAGAAUUUUCAGAAGGGACAAAAGGCCGGGGGGGGACUUCCUGUCAUUUCCAUUGCUUUCUGCAUGUGGGACCAACAUGGGCAAUGCGGAGUUUAAACAGUUGCAAAUGAAAGGAGGGAACAUCGUUCCUUGUUUUACAUAUUUCUCCCCGACUGGGUUGAAUUUAACAUGAAGUUGCUCCAUUGUUCACAUGGCUCCCUGCCCCAUAUACAUUGACAGAAACUACUGUUUACAUGGACUUUUCAUUCCUUCAUUGUUUGCUUAUGGAAAAUAAGGGGGAGUGACAAAAAAGAGAAGGGAAAGGGAGAGAGAAAAGAGGGAGGCACUGACCACAGUGCAGAACCACCCAAUAACCUUGUCUUAUGUGAUCAUUAACCUUGCUGGAAAAUGCAGCUGGCAGUUCACUCUGGAGCUUGUCAUUAGAAUGUGAGCAGAGACACAGAUACUGCAGAGGCAUUUCAAGGAUUUUUUGAUUUGCUGCAAGUAUUAUAAAUAUUUCACCUAUUUUGUGUGACUGCAAAAUGAGAUUCCAACAGCUCCUUUAUAUCUUAUUUUUUUUCUUGAUGAGUCUACUCCUUAUCAAUGGACAGAGGCCAGCUAACCUGGCCCUGCGCAGAAAGCUGCACAGACACAACUGCUCCCACAGGCGCUGUAUGCCUCUCCACUCCAGAGUGCCCUUUCCCUGAGUGGCAUCUAGAGACCCCAACCACAAUCAGGACCACAUUGUAGCUGGAUAUACCUAUAACAGAGAAUUGAGGCCUGGAUCCACAGAGAGACUGAAGUGAUACAAUGUGAAAGAAGAAUGAAAGAGGAAACCAGUCAAGAAAAUGCGAUGUGAUAGCUGCAGCAUUCUAAUCAGUGCAGGUGUCCAUGUAAAUGCCAUCACCACAUUCAGAACCUUAUCAGACUCUUCUGGAACAACUUCACAGGAGUUUCAGAUUUCUCUAAGUUGGGAAAAACAAUGAAAUCACAAAGGACCCCUUUCAGGAACUUGGGAAAAUCAAGAGUGCCAUAAAAAGAUAAGUCAUUCUUUUCUACAUACCAACAAAUAGCCAUGUGGGUAACAGCAAAGCACUGUUGCUUUGAACAUUUUCAAAAAUUAGACCAACAUUAUACCACUGAAAGAGCUAAUAUAGUUAUUAUUUACCAUUCACAUAUGUCUGUGUAUUUCUAUUUAGAUAUAAUACCUAGUAAAGAACAUGAAAAAGAAUGGUGAAAAAUAAAUAUUUAAUAGUUACAUUUUAUGGACAAAUAUAUGGGUUUUAAUGUUUAUGGUAGUACUGGAUGUUUAUAUGUAGCCAUAAUUAUGCAAUUAACUUUACUAUAUUCUCAAGAAAAGCAUUAUGUAUCUAUCAGAAAGUUGUAAGUGCUAAACUCUCUUAGGAAGCAAAAAUCUUCAAUCUAGACUUUAGAAAAGAAUGCUGAAUGUCUUAGCUCUGUUUUAAGUCAUGUUGCAUACGACAAACACAUAGGUCAUGAUCUUUGAUGGUUAUUUAUGUUUAUAAAAUACCUAUGUGGCUGUUUAUUUUGUAAAAAAAAUAAUUAUGCUCUUCAAUUAAUGUCUCAUUUUAAAUAAACUUUGUACAAUUUAUUUUUAAUUUUAUAUUCCUUAUGUGUAAAGGGUCCUGCACCCAAAGAAAAAAUAAGAAUUUACCUCAUUUCUUUUGUAAAUUUCAUAAGGGAUCAAUGUAAAACUUUUCCUACUCAAUUUCUG